GAGAGAGAGAGAGAGGAAGGAAGGACGCUUGGGAUUUUGGCUGCAAAGGGUUAACGAUCGGUCUGGUGCCAUAUGCUGCUUGUGAUGCAGAGAGAGAGAGGCAGAGCGAGUGAGCGUUGGUGAAUCAAAGAGCAGCAGAAACACAGAGAGAGUUUGGACACAAUGGACCCUCCAUCAGGCGGACUUUAAAACACGACGAGCGGCUGCUGUCCAGCGGGGAUCAGCUCUGCUAUUACGACGAGGGGAGCGAUGCCCUAUGUGCCCAGCCUCAAAGACGCAUGAUUAAACCAUGAUGAAGACCGAAUCCCCCUCCACCACCCCGGCCGGCAGCAACAGCAGCAGCAGCGGCAGCAGCAGCAGUACCACAACAACAACACUGAGGAGUCCGUCCCCGCACAGGAGCGCGUACGAGGCCGGCAUCCAGGCAAUCAAGCAGGCCAAAGAUGCCCUCAGUGCAGCCAACGGGGAUGAGGUGCAGGAGGGCAAAAGCAAGGCCUCCUCUCGGGGCAGGAGGUAUGGCUCCAACGUCCACCGCAUCAAAAACAUGUUCCUGCAGAUGGGCUCCACUGGGGCAGGAGAGGGCGAGGAUCCCACCAAGACCAAGGACAGGUCGGUCCGCCUCUCCCUGCCAAGGGCAAGCAGCUUGAAUGAAAACGUGGACCACAGUGCCCUGCUGAAGCUCGGGGCCACCGUCUCGGAGCGGGUCAGCCGAUUCGACACCAACAAGGGGGAUGGUCAACUGCGACCAGGGUCAGGGUUUUCCAAGCUGCAGGAGACCCGCAAGAUCUUCGAGCAACGGCAUCUGCAGGAGAAGCAGGCGGCCACCAAUCGCAUCCUGCUCAAGAAAGAGCGGGCCUCGGGCUUUCAGGAUGGCCGGCUGGACGUUGUGGUCCGCUUUAAUGGGAGUACUGAAUCCCUGGACAGUUUGGAUGUGGGUGGUCCUGGAGAGGCUGUCUCCCCGACGGUCAGCCAGCUCAGCGCCGUGUUUGAGAAGGCAGACCUCCGAAAUAAUCUACAUCGGCCCCCCACUUCUCCGCUUCCUAGAGGAGCCAGUCCUCCACCUGGCAAGGUGGCAGUGCUCAACUCGAAGAUCAUCACCAAGAGGUCCAGGGUCUUUCCACCUUCCGGACAGGAGGAAGGUUCCCCUGCUCUGGUGGGCAAGCUGAAGAAAGAGUAUGAUGGGCUCUUUAGCAACAAUGGCUCCAGAGGCAAGACGACUCCUCCUUCUACACCUCCUCAUGGAAAGGAAGAAGGCCUUCCUUCUAGUGUUGGGUUGGUGAGCCGGGGAACCUCCCUCUCCCAGGAGAUACGCAAGAUCAGGCCAGUGGAGGUGGACGACAACGGCAGGGAAAAUGAGCUCAAAGAUCAGGGCUUUUGUCCUGUGCCUUCAGUGGAAGAAGGGAAAGAGUCAGACGGGCAGAUAGAUGGCGCCAUGGCUCCCAGCAUCGGCAGUGAUGGGGGAAGCAGACUGGUGCAGGCCGAUGUGCACGUGUCCUUAGAAAAUGGCUCGCCUCCUGUUGAAGAGGCUACAAAGACUUCUGCCGAGGCUUAUGCAGCCCUGGAUGUUUCUGCUGGCCCGGGGCAGGAGAGGGAGAGCAAAGAGGACUUCCCGCAGGGUGAAGACAGGGAUUUGGAAAUCGGUGACGAAUCCCGAAAGGAGGACUACUCUGAGGCCGACUUGGUGGAUAUCAGUGCGUACAGUGGAAUUGGGGAGGACUCGGGAGGGAGCCAGUUGGAUGAGGAUGAGGACGGGGUGGAGGAAGACGAAGAGGCUUACGAGCCGGAGUCCAGCUGUACCGAGAUUCCCGGUCUGCCGCCGGAGGAAGAAGAACCUCAGCCAAGUCGGAAGAUUCGCUUCAGCACGGGGCCCAUUAAGGUGUUUACAACCUAUUCAAAUGAGGACUAUGACCGGCGUAACGAUGAUGUGGAUCCAAUGGCGGCGUCCGCCGAGUAUGAGUUAGAGAAGAGGGUAGAAAGGCUGGACCUUUUCCCUGUAGAGUUGGAGAAAGAUGGAGACGGUUUAGGAAUCAGUAUUAUUGGAAUGGGAGCAGGAGCGGACAUGGGGUUGGAGAAGCUGGGCAUCUUUGUGAAGACUGUCACAGAAGGUGGAGCUGCGCACCGUGAUGGCAGGAUCCAGGUGAAUGAUCUGAUUGUGGAGGUGGACGGGGUCAGCCUGGUUGGAGUCACUCAAAGCUUUGCUGCUUCUGUCUUGAGGAAUACCAAAGGCCACGUCAGGUUCCUGAUCGGGCGUGAGAAGCCAGGUGAGCAGAGUGAGGUGGCGCAGCUCAUCCAGCAGACCUUGGAGCAAGAGCGCUGGCAGCGGGAGAUGAUGGAGCAGCGCUACGCUCAAUAUGUGGAGGAUGAGGAUGAGACCGGAGAGUAUGCCACCGAUGAGGAAGAAGAAAUGAGCCCGAUGUUCCCCAAUGCAGAGAUGGCCAUUGAGGUCUUUGACCUAGCAGAGAAUGAGGACAUGCUGUCACCCAUAGAGAUCGAUCCUGAGAAGCUGGCCCACAAGUUCAAAGAGCUCCAGAUUAAGCACGCCGUGACGGAGGCUGAAAUCCAGCAGCUUAAACGAAAGCUUGCGUCAUCGGAGCAGGAGAAGAUGCGCUGGAGGAUGGAGAAGGCCCAGCUGGAGCAAAGCGUGGAGGAGAACAAGGAGCGCAUGGAGAAGCUGGAGGGCUACUGGAUGGAGGCACAAACCUUGUGUCAGGCCGUCGAUGAGCACCUGAAGGAGACGCAGUCACAAUAUCAGACACUGGAGAGAAAGUACAGCAAAGCCAAGCGGCUCAUCAAGGAGUAUCAGCAGAAGGAAAUUGAGUUUCUGAAGAAGGAGACGGCCCAGCGGAGAGCCUUAGAGGAACUGGAAGUCACUCACAAAGAAGAGACGGAGAAGCUGCAGGAAAAGAUUACAGAACUGAAGGGCAAACUCGAAGUGGUAAAGAACUCUAAUCCCUCAUAAAACCUGAAGACUCAGGAGUGGGGUAGCACAGCACGACACGAAUGACCUUGGAGAAUUAAGAGUGUGAGCCACAAGCGGCAAAAACACAAAAAGAAGUAUAAAAAAAAAAACAACAAAGAAUAAUGUCAGCGGAUAAAAGACAAUUUCACCCGAAACACUUUGAACCUAAAGGCCAUCCCCACCUCCGCUUUUCCAGCUCCCUUGCUCUGCCCCGUGGAUCACUUGAUCUACCUGCCCUCGGGAGUCCCAACAGGUGCUGGUGACACUGCAGACCAUGGCCAACUCUGGCCUGGUGGGAGGUUUGAGGAGGAGUGAAAGGUCUUUCUUUCUUUCUGUUUUUGUUUUUUAUCGAUUUCAAGACUUAGCAACUUUUCCGAAAGCUUUUCCAUGGAAAUAAAUAAAUAAGCGCGUGGGUGCCCAGGAUGGAUUGCAAUAUCUGUGCCAGUCUGCAGCUGGAAGAAAUGUCGUGGGCCACAGGCAGCCUCGAUGAUUCCCUCUCGUAUUUAUUACACAAUUCCAAACCUUUUUUUUUCCAGCAGGAUGGCCGACUGGAAAUGUUGGAAAGCCAUUCGGGAUGAAGAUUUUAUUUAACGUUUUAUCCUUUCUUGCUAUUUUUAUUUUUAUUUUUUUUAACGUUGCCUUCUGCUCUGUUUAAUCAUGUUUAUAUUUCCAGCACAUUGGCACGUAACCAAUCGUGAAAAGUUUGGGACACAACCAAACACGCCGCAGUGUAUUAAAAAAAAAAAUCGAAACAAAAGGAAAAAGUGAUUUAUUCUUGAAAUCCACUUGAGACAAAUAAAUGAACAAACUGGAUUGCAGGCCAGAAUGUGUACGUCAGGCCCACGUUGACGAGUGAGCCGCCACAGUACACUUGUUUUUCCGUUUUGAAUCGCCCGAUGCUGGGGAGAAUGGCGGAUGUGCUUUCAUUUCUCUUUCUUUUUUGUUUUUGUUUUUAUUUUUUAUUAUUGUCAUAAUUUAAUUACAGCAAUUGGUGUUCAAGCUAAACCUGUAACUUAUGUUUGAUUGGUGGCUAUUGUUCAUUGUGUUUCAUCGUUAAUAAAAACAGCAGUUAUUUUAAAA